GCACAGAUUGUUGUGCGUUUUCAGGUAUUUUUGCCUUCAAGUGUUCUCGAGCUGAAGAGAUCUUCAACAUGCUGCAGGAGGUGAUGCACAGCCACAGCAUCAGCGUGGUGGAGGAGGCGGUGCUGGAGCCCAACCACCAGGCAGCACACACUCCUGCAGCUCUGGGCUACUCGGUGCCCACCGUGCCAAACGGCGUGACCCGGAUCCCGUCGGUGGGCGAGGCUCCGUCUCACCCCUCCACCCGCCACCCGUCUGUGGCCAGCACCCGCCUGCCCUCUGUGGGAGAGGAGUCCACGCAUCCUCUGCUGGUGGCUGAUGAAGCGGUUCACACCUACGUGAACACCACGGGGCUCCUGGAGGACCAGCCCAGCCCGCUGACCAUGAUCACGCCUCUGGAGAGUCCCACCUCUCCCCAGUCUCAGUGUCCUCCGACCCCGCCGCCUCCUCCGAGGGCCCGCACAGAGCCGCCGCCGCCGCCGCCCGCCCAGCCGGAGCCCCAGGUGCUGCUGGAGCCUCAGGGGGUGCGCUUCGUGCUGGGCCCCACCCCCGUUCAGAGGCAGCUGAUGGAGAAGGAGAAGAGGCAGCAGGAGGCCAAGGAGACCGAGGAGCCCCGAGAGACUAACGGCCACACAGAGGCCGAGCCCACUCCCCCGCUCUCCAAUGGCUCCUCCUCCAACCCUUCCACAGCUCCUCGCCGACACCGCCCGCCCCCGCUCACCCCGGACCUGCAGAAUGUCAAUAACUCGGCCCAGCGGCGCACCGCCCUGCUGGACUACGAGAACCUGCCGGCGCUGCCGCCGGUGUGGGAGGCGAGGAAGCCGAGCUCGGAGGAGGAGGAGAACGGCUCCAGCGGCCUGAAGACGCCGUCGCUCAACGGCUACAACCACCACCCCCACCACGGCGUGCUGCACCACUCCUACUCCCACCCUCUCUCCGCCGCCCUCGAGUCAUCGCACAACUACGUCAACACCGAGAACGUGACGGCGCCACUGAGCGCCCACCGGCCCGACACGGCCCGUCGCCGCACAGACGGACCCACCAUCUUCAACUUCGACUUCCGCCGGCCGCCGCUGCCGGGCCACCCGGAGCCGCCCAAAACCCUCAACUACAUCGAGGUGGAGAUGGACAACAGCGCCGGGAACAAGGGCGCUUCAGACGGCAGCAACCCCCACACGCCCCGCACCCCCACCUCCCCGCUGCCUCCCUCCACCCCCACCCGCCGCACCGAGCUCUACGCCCUCAUCGACAUCGAGCGCACCGCCGCCAUGUCCAACCUGCAGAAGGCUCGGCCGCGAGACGACGGCACGUCGCGCAAGACGCGACACAACAGCACGGAGCUGCCCACCAAAAGCACUGCGUGACACGCACCUUCCACUUCCUGUUAACCCUUUGUGUCGAUGGACGGAGCUUCUUUAGAUUCCCGCACGGAGACGCAGUGACAGACUCCACCCGACCGGGUCUUACAUGAGUUAAUGACUUCCUGUGCGGUCACCUGUUCAGGUGGACCGUCGCAGAUGAACCUAGGUACUUGCCAUAGAGCAGUUUGGUCCUCCGGCGGUGUGAUACCUCUGAUGUUGCCUCGCUCUGCGGAGCGUGGGCUCGAUGUUGAUAAGACUGCAUUCCUCCUCCUUAUAUGGUACAAAUCAGUAUUACUGAACAAAGCAUUCCAUUUAGCCUUUUUUAUAUGACUCACUACAUGCUGCUGUAAUUCAGUAUCUAAGGACGACAUGGUACACUACAUUAUGUUUCUGAAUAUGUACAGUAGAUUCUGGCACAAUAAAUGUCUGUUCUGUUUUUAUCUGUA